UAAUGAAGAGGCUGCAGACAGAGCAGAAAGGCAACGCAGCCAAUUCGUCAAGACUGCUUUUUUGCCGAGUUAACUUGUUUGAGUUUGGGCGAAAUUUAUUGGUGCAUUUCCUUCGCAAGAAGCUAUCCUCAUUGCUGUGAACAGUCAAGAGGGACAAUCUGGAGCAACCGCACAGAAUAAUCGCCACACUUUGUCAUCUUCCAGCGGGCCUGGAACCACACUGUCACAUGACACGAGAGGCCAGAGUUUUGCUGAACCCCCAGAAAGGACCAACAUAGCAUAACUGAUGAAAGCCCUCCAGAAAAUGCAAAUAACGAACGAACAACAAGAACGUCUGCCUCACAAUGUCGCGGAACUAUUUGCAACAAAGUCCUUAUGCAUCUGAACUUAAUAACAAAAUGCGUCAACCCAAACAUAUUUGGUCAGCGACCGCAAGACCAACUUUAGGAAUACUGAACGAGAUAAAGAGGACGUUAUAACAAGGGAGAAAUGUAGUCUGCAACAUCCUAAAUCAAGAUAGUAACUCAUCAGAGUUUCUUUCUGCAAACUAUACUACCGGAGAUAACUUAAGCAAUCAGCAAGUUCACUGUAUCACCAGCACAUAUUUCAAGAGGAGCGCGACGUUAUCUGGAGCGCAGGAGCAACAAGAACCCCCCGUUGGGAUUCAUUGCAUCAAAAAGAGGCUAUUGCUUUACACAAGUGACCAGUCUGAGAAGUUCCACUUCUGCCCCUAUUUGUGCAGGCGGAGACGUGUGGAAAUGUUCGGUUUACUUAAACUUAUAUCUGGUUUCAGAACCGGAGGAUGAGAAAAAAAAAGACUCUAGGCUGAAAAUAAUAUGUCUCUCUUAGUUGGACCAUCUCUGACCAACACCCACCACCACCGUCUUAAGUGAAGCUUGAAGAGAUUUAUGCAUGGCAUCUACAGUGCCUCAAGUGAAACGUCCUUGCGCAAAUAUGACUGGAGAAGAAUAACUGAGUAUGCAGUCUUUAUACAUUAAUGGCAUUAAUGGCUGUCUCUUUUGGACAAUUUCCACAAAACUAUUCUGUCAUGUUCCCAGAGCGCAGCUUAUAAUAACCCCCCCCCCGCCCUUCAAAUGAUUAAAUGCCACUUUCAUGUAAUAUUUCCAAAAUUAAUGUUUAAUGGUAAAUAAGCAUUAUAAUAAAGUAGUUGAUUAACUGAAUAAAGUUACGAUGGUUAACAAAUGGGUAAUUAUUAUGUGAAAAUUAAUAGCCGAAUUUGACAUUUUAGUGCGUAGGCUAUUAGUUUUAUUUAUUUAUUGCUUCUCUCGAUUUUAAUUCGAAAUGAUAUCAGUUUAGGCUAUCUGUGACCAUUUACAACUAUUAUUAAUAAUUUUCUGUAUUCGAAUGGAGAAUUUCUGUCACCUGUAUUAAAAAUGAUGGCUUUAGGUUUAACUAAAAAUCUACACUCUACACUCGUAUCAUUAGAUUUUAGGAAAUAAUCCUAAUUAGAAACCAAAGACACGUUUCCCAAACUCCCUCUUUCACAUGAAUUUAUGUUAAUGAGAGAUUAUAUCUAAGCACUAUUUUAAAAAGUAUGGUGCUCCACUAUAUCUCGAGAGAGAGAUAAAGCUAAUCUCAGGCAAUUGGUGUAUAUGGGGGUACAUUCAUUCAGUUAAUUUAGGAACUUAGAUUCGAAAAUAGUACAAGAAACUCUCUGGAAAACAGAAAACUCAAAAUCUGACUAUUACAAGUAAAUGGUGUAAGUUAUUAUGCAUAUUAUGCAUGUUUAAGGACUGUUUAUUAACUCCAGCUCUCCACGCCGUCAUGAAUACACCAUAAAUUCGUUGUUAUAACUGUUCUGCUCGCCUUAAUUCACAUUAGACCUACAUUGGGAGUAGGUUAUAUCAGAUUGAUGGGUGGAUUCGAUUGAUGUGUUUGUCAUGUAAAUACGAAUCGUUUGAUGGACACCUGCAACGCCCAGAGUGCUACCGCAGGACGCACACUAUUGGUGCAAAAUGAGUCACAUGAUCUGUCACUUAACUGAUAUGAGCUUGGAUAGAACUUUGUGUGGUUUGACAUACAGCUUAGAGGUUGUAGGGGCACUGGGACCACACAUCAGCCUAUAUUGACCCUGCUUAAUCAAUUUUGCUUGGUCAGUCAACAAUGAAUUCCUACUUAGAUUAUACGAUUUAUAACCGUGGUGCUAACACUUAUAGUUCGAAGGUUGGGUGUUUUCUUAUGGAGCAAGAAUACUUGCCAAGUGCUUGUGCAAGUACAAAUAGUCACAUUACCGAGGGACGGCAAGUCGGAGGGAACACUUUUACAACCGCACCGCACGAAACUCAUGGCACAAAUUACGCACAACUUCAUUCGCAGCAAUAUCACAUCAAUAUGGACAUGGGGAAAACUGGAUACAGCAAUUUUUGCAAGCAAACCCGACUUCCUCACUCGGACUAUGGACAUCACUACGUGCUCACUCAAGCAGAUGACCACAUGCGUCUUCAGUCCCCUGUUUUUCCUGUCGUGAACAUGGGAGCCAACAUGGGAACAUACAGUGAAUCUAACUGCAGGCCUGGCUCGGUCUCUGCAAGUCAUUAUCAGUCCCAAUUCGGAGAACACGAACCACACGGCUAUGGUUCGUUAAGCAAGUACCAGGUCUCCCCUGACAGUGACAGCGACUCCAAGAGGAACAUCAAACAAGCUCCAACGUUUGACUGGAUGAAAGUCAAGAGGAACCCUCCUAGAACAGUUAAAGUCGCCGAAUAUGGGAUCCACGGACAGCAGAACAUUAUACGCACCAAUUUCACCACCAAGCAGCUCACGGAACUUGAGAAGGAGUUCCACUUCAACAAGUACCUGACCAGGGCGCGCAGACUGGAAGUGGCCGCCACCCUCGAACUGAACGAAACGCAGGUUAAAAUUUGGUUUCAGAAUCGCAGAAUGAAACAGAAGAAGCGCGAGAAGGAAGGAAAAGCCCUUGUAAUUAAACGUGUGUCUCCUUGCUCUGCUGGUCAAAGCGCAGACAACUCAAACAGCUCAUCCCCGGGUGCUUCGCCUACCUCAGACUCUUCCACUGCUGUUUGAUGAUUACGUGCCUUUGUGGCAAACGAACUAUUUCAUCAUUGUGAUGUGGAGAACUUAUUAAAUUAUUCUGCUGUCUUAAAGCAUAUGCGUUAGCAUGUGCACGUGUUAUAUACAUAACGCAAAAUAAUCAAAUUUGCUGCAUUAGAGCUACUGAAUUCAUGGUUCAAAAUGCAUUAACAGGGUAGGCUAUAUUCUUAAUAGUCCAAAAGUUUUUUUUUUUUUGUCAUCAGGUUGAUAUCCUUUUUUGCACUACUGAUUAAUUCCUUUGUUGAAAGAGCAAAAAAAUAAUAAAAAAAAGGUGAAAAAUACAUGUUUAUGUAU